GGAGAGCAGCAGCCCUGCCGGGUGCGGUGCCAGAAAAUCCGGAGCAGCCCUUGAACCCCCGUCCGGCUCGGCAAGGUCACCCUCGCCAUGCCACUUCUUGAUCUCCAAAACCAGCUGGGCAUUAACCUAGACAGAUGGAUGCUCCGCCUGAGUAGCAAGCAGCCCUUUCAGCAGCCCAGCGCGUGCCACACGUUUGAGAAGGAGUGGCUGGAGUGCUCGGAAGGCAUCGGGAUGACCCGGGCCAAGGAGGAGUGCCGGCUGGAGGCCGAAGAUCUGGAGGAAUGCAUGACCAAGCGCAAGAUGAUGCAACGUGUCCGAGCCAUCUUGAAGCAAAGGGACUUAAUGAUUAAGGAGGGGAAAUACAAGGCCCCCCAACUACCAGAGUGACUGAAAAUUUGGCUGUGAUCCCCAAGGAGAAAACUUCCUUUGCUCCCUAGGAGCCGAAGAGAUCUGUUCUUAAUACUUUGUUAAAGAAUGGUUUCGUUGGAACCUUUUCAUUUCCCUCUUUUGGUUUCUAGUCCAACCCAUGAAUAAAAUUCUUUGGGACCUGAAA